CUGGCGGAAUACAAGUUAUUAAACUUGGCUGCUAUCGAUACGUUGUAGUUAGCUGUACACACACAGGGAUAGUAUUUUAAUUAUAAACAGUUGGUGUUUUCUUUGGGAACAUAACUUGUGGAGAGAUGUCGACGCGGUCGGAGAGAGAAAAAGGCCAGAAACUGAAUGAGCAGCAUCAGGCCAUUCUGUACAAAAUGCUCAGAGAGAACGACAACAAAUACUGCGCUGACUGCGAGGCGAAAGGUCCGCUGUGGGCAUCAUGGAACCUGGGGAUCUUCAUGUGUAUACGCUGGAACCUGGGCAUCCAUAUCUCCGUAGUCAAAUCUGUCAACCUGGACCAAUGGACCCAAGAACAGAUCCAGGUAACAUGGGAAAACGUGUAUGGGGGUGUGUGACGGACAGUGUGGUCUGUGGGUAGUUUUGGGAGUGUUCAGUAUGGGAGGAUGUGAGGCAGUGUGAGUAAGACCGAUGGGGGGGGUGUGUGUGUAUAUUUGUGAGGGGGUGGGAAAAGAAAAUAAUUGUGCACGCAAACGCAAAAUGUAGGCCUAUCUGUGGUUUAUUGAAGAGAGUGCAUAGCUGUUAUCUGUGGGGAUAGAUAGUGUGAGUCUCUCUCUCAAUGUUAAUUGCUAACCCUAAUUAUUUCCUGAUGGAUGAUUAUUCCAACUCCAGCUCAUUCAUUCCUCCUCCCAACGCCAUCAUCCUCAUCUGUCUUGUGUGUGUGUGGUUUCCGGGUGCCAUCGUGUGUGUGUGCGUGUGUCA